GGCGUGUAGGAGGAGGGUGCUGGUGGUGGUCGUGGGAAGACACUCGCGCGUGAGACGACUCAGCUGCCGGUCACAGCCCUGAGCGCCUCGAGUUCAGUGUUUGAUCGCCUUCGCACACACACACACGCGUGUACUCACACACACACACACGCGUGUACUUACACACACACACGCGUGUACUCACACACACACACACACGUGUACUUACACGUGUACUCACACACACGCGCACGUGUACCUACACACACGCGCACGUGUACCUACACGCGUACGCGCUCACUGGACACCCGCGGGAUGUGACACUGAGGCUGCGAGCACGUGCGGUGGUGGUGGUGGCGGUGGUGGCGGUGGUGCUGGGCACGGGAGGGGCCUCCCACUCGGACCCGGUGGGAUGCGCCGUGUGCCCCAUGACGACGCCGAGCGAGGAGGUUCUUCGCGCGCGAGGUUCGAUCCCGAGGUCGCUGCGAGUGGAGGAGAGAGACGGAUUCUCAUCAUGACCACUCGGAGAUAACACGCCUGCCAUUUGAACUGCUUCGAGAUAAGGGCGCCUUAUCCAUCGAUCCACUUUCAUCAUCAUCAUCAACAGCGUAAAAAAAUAAGAAUACUAAGAGCAAAGAAGAGCCUUGGGGUUGUUUUUUUUGGAUUACAGAAGAUACUGGAAAUCCAAGUUGAUUUAUUGAUUGUUCAUUGUUACACUUUAUAUGUCUAAUUUAUUUCAGAUAUAAUUAUUAUUAGCACGUGGUCAACGAAUUACAUUUACCAGGGCAUAAUAAUUCACCGUCAUAAGCUUUAAACAGCAGCAGCAGCAGCAACAGGCGGCAAGCGAGGGACAGCUUUUGGAGACUGGAUCACAGAAGAGUGGCGGUGCUGGUGGUGGUGAUGGCGAUGAUGGCGGUUGUGGCGGCGGCGACGAUGAUGAUGAUGGCCGUGAUGGUGACGAUGCCAUCACGCUGCCGGUCCCUGGAGCGAUGGUGGCUGAUCCUGCAGGUCUUGCUGCUGGCGUCUUCCGAAGGCCUUCCCAGAAGACCCCCGUCGACUCCGGUGCUGGUGCGUCGACUCCACGUGGCCCCGCCCGAGCGAGCGAGACCAUGGAAUCCCACGGGACAGCAGCAGGCGGCCUCCUCGAGGUCGCUGUCCCAGCAGCCCGGUGGAUUCUGGGGGACCCCGGUGGCCAAGAGCGGCCAGGGAGUCGGCCUCGGCGGUCUGGGACCCUUCGGGGGUCUCGGGCUGGCGUUUGGACUUCACGUGACGCCCCUGAGGUCGCGAGAGAGCGGAGCGGCCUACCUGGGCGGGGUCAUCAAGAGGUUGAGGAGGCUCUACUGCAACGUGGGCAUCGGCUUCCACCUGCAGGUCACGGCCGAAGGCAAAAUCAGCGGCGUGCACAGCGAGAGUCCCUACAGUGUCCUGGAGAUCUCCACGGUGGAGCGAGGGGUGGUGAGCAUGUUCGGCAUGAAGGGCGGGCGAUUCGUGGCGAUGAACGCACGCGGGAAGAUGUACGCAGCGGAUAAGUUCGGUACGGAGUGUAAGUUCCGGGAGCAUCUGCUCCCCAACAACUACAACUCGUACGAGUCGGACGCCUACCCGGGAAUGUACAUCGCUCUCAACAAGGGCGGCAGGACUAAGCGUGGAAGCAAGGUGUCUCCUCGCAUGAGCGUGACGCACUUCUUGCCCAGGAUAUGACGCGGGUGACGAUGACGAUGUUGAUGAUGGUCAUGAUGAUGGCGACGACGCUGAUGAUGAUGAUGAUGAUCACGGUGGAGGUUGGAAACCACCGCACACCCUCUCCACGCUAAGUCGCGAAUAUUCGUUUUGUUGGAAUUUUUACAUCCAGGCUCUGAAAUUCAAGAAUUGAAAUCCAGGAAUUUUAUUCCAGAAACUGAAAUCCAAGAGAUCCAGGAUCUGAAAUCCAAUAAUUGAAACACAGAAUCUGAAAUCCAGGAACUGCAAUCCAGAAACUGAAAUCCAGGAUCUGAAAUCCAAGAAUUGAAAUCCAGGAUCUGAAAUCCAGGAACUGAAAGCCAGAGGAUCUGAGACCCAUCGCUUGUCGUGCCCCGGCACGUGCGAGUGAAGAAGCUCUCGGGGCGCUUGCACUCCGCGAAGGAAAUAACUCGAUGUCCUUUCCGGAAAGAGGGCGGAGGUGACGCUCAGCGCGACGGUUCCGCGGCGGACAGAGUUCUGGCGUCGAGGGAGACGAACGAGCUGCGAAGAGAGGCGACGAGGAGAGACACAGACAGAGAGAGAGAGAGAGGAACGAGUGAUUUUUUGUCGAGCGAUGUGUACGGGAAGUAGAGAUGACAGCGAAUAAAUGUUGUCUGCGGAACGCACGCUACAUACUUGGGUCAUCGUCAAUGCCAUCAGUGUUGGCCUUUUUAAAGAUGGGAUGUUAGUUCCGCAAAUCAUUUUAAUUUUGUUUCACUUCACCAGGUAAGACCCACUGAACCAAGCGAACAACUGGCGGUGGCUUCAUCUCCGUGAGCCACUGUUGACUUCCCACAAAGUGGUAGUCUCCUCGUUUUGCUUGGUGAUUCCGCACGGCUGUCAGCCGUGGACACGCCACGCGAGGCGUGUCCGCGAGACUUCACCGAGGUUACAAAACAACAGUAGGACGUGGUGGGCCCCAUCCCUCGACUCGGCACAACAAGCAUGCGUGAACACGUGUUCUGGGCGUAUAGGAGGCGGGGGGGACGAGGGUUCAGAGGUCAGAGACUCUGAGUCCGACAACCGGGAUCGAAUCCGGCUCUCAGCCCACACUGUCUGUGAUUGAACCGGGUUCUCGAGCGCGGCCCAAUCGCAAAUAUCGUGACACCAUUAUAUAUGAAUUAUAUGUGCUGCCACUUCAAAUUCCCCACUUCAACAAUUUUAAAUUGGAGACGCUGCAGUGCUCCGCCAUGCGCGUCCCCCGUGGUGCCAGGCGAGGUGCUUCUCAGCACGAGCGCCUCAGUUGUGAAAGGUUGGAGGUGUGAUUAUGAUGGCUACGCCGUGCCGAUGAGUCCGAAUGGUAAUGCAACCGGUGUGCAUUUAGCUCCUCCUUCCGCCACAUACAUUGAGAAGGAACAGCCACAAAUCUCAGCUAUUGUGAGCGGAAUGUCUGUGGAAGAGCGCUGAUACCAUCUUGCCGUGCAACGCAUGCCAAGUUUCCUGAUGGCACCUUAA